UAACAGACCGGCAUGCCCCACCUCUAAGCUGUAAAAAAAAAACAAAAUAGCGAAAUAAAAACAAGUGAUUGGAUAAUGUUUGUUUGUUGAUUCCGCGGACUUAAGUUGUUCCGUUUAUCGAGUGAUCACGCCAUGCCCCACUUCGCCCCCCUGCCCUGCCGCGCCGGCGACAAAUAGACAGUGGAGCAAAGGAGACAAAAACAAGUGCAUCGCCUCUGGCGAGAGCAGCAUCAUCGUACAUCGUACACGUUUCGCUUCGCAUCUCGCAUCAUCGAAAUUAAUCAAGUGAAUUUCACAUUCACAUUCGCGUGCUGCUGCCAAAGGGAACAACAACAAGUGAUGGCGCAGCGAAAGUAACUGUCGCCCGAAAAGGACAUCGAGCACAAAGGAGAAGAAGCAGAGCAGGAAACACGCCCAUCGGCAGGACGAAAAGAAGACAACGGCACACACACACAUAUGCAAAUACAUGUGCCAACGUCCUUGGCUCGUGGACGUCAAGAGGAGGAAGUGGAGGAGGCAGCAGGACGAGGGAUAGGUGACGUCUGAAACAACAAACAACGGGAAUUCACUACAGCAGCGCAGCAACAACAACAACCGACAAACGCAAUUACAGUAAAAGGUGCGCCCCAAAAGAUGGCGACAGCAGAGGCAGCAGGAGCUGGAGAAGGCGGAGCAAGUGGCCCCAGUGGAGCAGGAGCACCAGGAGCAGCAGGAGGCACUGACAUCGGCUUGGGCAUCGGCAUAGGCAUCGAGAUGCUGAAGGCCCUGUACGACUUCCAGGCGGUCUAUCCCAAGACCAUUAGCUUCGAUGAGGGCGAGUACUUCAUCCUGUACCAGACGUCCGCCCGCCAGCGCAAUUGGUGGCAAGUGGUCAGCAUGAAGGGCAACAUCGGCUUCGUGCCCUCCAAUUACGUAAUGAAGAUUAAGGUGGAGCACGACUUUCUCAUCAGCUUUCUGAACUCCUCGAUAGAAUCGCUGGAGAAGUGCACGGACCAUGAGAUCAAUGGCAUCAUGUCCAAGGACGAGCUGCUGGACAGGCUGCGCGAGAAGAAGCACACCAUGGAGCGACUCUACGCGGAGAGUUCCGAGCGCGAUGGCGACUCCUCGCUGUCCUACUCGCAGAGCUACAGCGACAAGGGCAGCCACCGGCACUCGCAUCCCCAUCCCACCCAGUCCCAGACGCAGCUCCAUUCCCAGCACCGCCAGCACAGUCCACCGCCCAGCGGCAGUGGCGGUGGCCCCCAGCGCCUGGACAUGAGCAAGAAGAGCAUGUCCAGCCCGGCGGUGGGCUCUACGUGCGGCGCCCUGCAAAACCAGGCCAUGAUUGAGUCGCCCAGCAUGGGCAGCAUGCAGUUCCAGGGCAGCAGCUGCACCAUCCAGACGCCGCAGCAGCAGCAGCCGCUACCGCCAGCGCCAGCGCCAGCUCCAUCACCAGCUCCAGCCACGCCCACGGCGGCCGCAACGAGCAAGGCAACCGUCGGCGGGGAUGUGGCGCAGGACAAUAGCAUCACGUCAGAGCCCUCGGAGACGACAACGACCACUACGACGACCAGCGAGGAUGUGGUCACCACAUACAAGGAGACCAGCCAGAUGAGCACCAGCCAGCAGCACAAGCCGGCGAAUGGCAGCACUGCCUCGGCAUCCAUUUCCGCAUCCGCCUCGGCUUCGGCUUUGCGCAGCAGCGGCGGCAAUGGCCAUGGCAACGGCAACGGGAGCACGGCUGCCCGGCACCAGGAACUGCAGCAGGAAGAGGCGGACAGUGCGCCGGACAAGUCGGAUGAUGCCAGCGCCGUGCCGAGUGAUGAUGGCUGCCAGGCCAACGGCGACAGUGCGGACAAUAGUCAGGCACUGGACAGCAUCGAUAGUCCUUCGCAUCGGCAGCGCGGUCUGAGUCUGGGCAGGAUCGAGGAGGGAGCCACGGGCGGGGGUCAGCUGAAGGUUGAGUCCUCCGAUGUCUACCAGAUUGUGGACGCACUGCGGCGGAACACAAACCUCAGCUUCGACCUCUCCUGCGAGGCGUUGCGCGUGGUGCUGACCAGCCUGGAGCAGCUUUACAAUGGGGCCAUCAAUCCGUACCUGGAGGCAGUGGCCGUCCAUGUCACCGGCAAGGUGGCCACGCCCAAGGAGCUGCUGGGCAUCACGCACGACGCCAAGCGGCUGCAGUACCUCUUCGCCCAGCUGGCCGACUGCAAGAACGACACGGAGCAGCGCACCUGGAUGCUCUACGAGGACGAGGAGGACAUCAUCCAGUUCCUCGAGGAGCUCGUCGAGAUUCUGAUCAACGCUGAUGAGAGCAUCAGUUGCUACGAGAUGUCCUGCGAUCAGUACCAGAUGUUCAUCAACCUGGUGCAAUACUAUCAGAUGGAGACGCGCUGGUCCAUCAAGCGGCUGCUGCUCAAGACCUUCACGGCCGCCUGCCAUCUGGACUACAUCAUUGUGGACAUACUGCUGACCUCGGUGCUGCCCCUGGAGAUUGUGGAGGACAUGAAGACGCACUUCGCCAACCUGGAUCGCUUCAAGCAGCUGGUCAAGAUGCUGACCAUCAUCUUCUCCCUUGGGCAGCCCAUGCCGGUCAAUCAUCAGGACUAUUUGGGCGUGCACUUUGCCAGCUUUCUGCUGGAAAUUGUCGAGGGAAAUAAUCCGGAGCUCCUGGUGGACAUGGUCAUUGCCUUGAUAUUGGCCUUUAACCAGCAAUUCAGCGAUCAUACCUUCAAUGUUAUCAUCGAGGGCAUGCAGAACCUGCCCUCCGCCAAGGUGUUUACGGAGAAGCUGCUGCUACUGCUCAAUCGAGAAGAUGAUCCCACGCGCUUGCUAAAGCAUCCUAACGAGCACAUGAACACGGUGCUGCGGAUGUUCAUCGACAUAUUCAGCCACUCCGAUACGGCGGGCAUGUUCUACACGAACGACAUCAAGGUGCUGAUCGAUAUAGUGGUUCGCCAGCUAUCCGACUUGGACGCCGGCAGCUCGACGCGACCCUGCUACUUGGAGCUGUGCCGCCGCAUCCUACGCAACACGAACUACCAGGAGCACCAACACCGCAAGCACGACCUCAUGAAGAUCUUCACGCGCAUCUUCUGCGAGGAGACCGAGUGCAGUGCCUCCGACCAGCAGUUGGUGCGGGAGAUAGCCAACGAGUUCCCGCAGCUGUUCAAGGCCUAAGGAGGCCAAACCCCGGUAAAAUCGAAACCAAAGUACGGAGGGAAACCAAAAUUGUAAAGCGUUGCUAGUGAGGCGAGCCGUUCCAAGCGAGCCAACCGUAAAUUCUUAACUUAUUUUAGAUUUGAUCAGUGAAUUGUUGCGCAUUUGUUUAGCGUCUCGGUCUCCAGAUAGCCCUCGUAACUCAGAGCCCAGAACCCAGAAGAACGCGAUUCGAAGGGGAACACACACACGGCGACUCUACAUAUAUCUUAUGAACAUAGUCUGUAAGCAGGACAAAUGUACUAGUUGCAUGUGGAGUAGAUGCAACCUCAUAGAGCGGAUACCCAAUAGCGAUAUCUGCGUACCCGUAAACGUCUAGACGAAGGAAAUGGAAUAGUAUAACACUAAAUUAUCCCCAGUUUAGGAUGAUUUCACUAAUUUAGAAUUUAGCCAGGGACAAUUUUAGCCAGAAACAGAAACAGAGUCGGAGAUCAGCCUCAAUUUUAAAUUUUUGUAGUUAUAAUUGCCAAUUUAUUUGGUCUUCAAAAUUUUGACAACAAACAAAAAACGAAAAGAAAGAGCGUUAACGUUCGAGGAAUAAAAUAUUUAUAGCCUAAUUAUACACCUAUAAUGAAAAUAUACAUUCAUGGCAAAUGCGAAUGAGACGUUAAUUGUAAUCUGCAAGUAAACAAUUGAAAUAUUAACGAUGUAUGACUAAAUAUUUGCAGCUAGCAAAAUCCAAAUCGAUUCGAAUGUAACGAGCAUAUAAUGUUAAAUUUGUUUAUAUAAUCUAUGAGGAGGAGAACUAAGCCGAACAGGAAAUCAUUGACAAUUGUUAAAGCUCAAAUACAUAUUAAUUGGAGGCUAAGCAGGCUGGAAAUUGAUAAGAAACGCUCUGCAGAAGGCAUUGAAAGUAGGGACACCCAUUUGCAUUUCUCCCUCGCUAAGAAACACACACACACACACCCAGUGGCGUAGGCAUUCAGGGGUUAAUUCUGUAUUUACUUAAUUUAUUUUAUGUUUUAAUUUCCCUAAAUAUGGAGGUUGACCUCUUGCGUACGCCACCUUUUCUCUAUAUCUCUCUCACUACUUCUCAAGCGAAUAAAGCAAAUUUCCCAGCGGAGCCCUUGAAAAGAUCCUUACUUUUAGUUAUAUUUAAGGUAGUUUGAAAACACUAUACUCUACUUUAUUUUAAAGCAGUUAUUUUGCAUUUGUACGUUAUUUAGUGAAUAGAUUUGGAGGGGCCCAGGAAACCCCGAGCGUUGUAUUUAUUGAAUAGAGAUCCGCUGGGAAGGAUUAUAUCUAUCUCUAUAUAGACACGUACACUCAUCUACAGACAUAACUAGUUUUAGACAGACUUCAUUGGCCUUUCUUUGUUAUUGUUGCGUCACAGUUGUCCGACUAAAAAAACAACGAAAUUAAAAUAAAAAGUAAAAACAAGGAAGUAAACACAUUUUAACCCAGAGUAGCAAUGAGACAGUGAACAUAAGGGCGGAAUCACAUUUGAUCAUUAUUUUUGAUUGGCCUUCGUCACCCAGCUAUCAUUCCAACUUAAUAGAAGCCACUAAAACGCAGAAGCAAUAAACUUUUUAAGUUAUCACGCACGCCAGUUAACAAAAAGUGGCUUUGGAAACACUGCCUGUAGCAUAGGAGGGAAUUUGAAAAUCGCUUGAGCCCGGAUUCUAAUAAUAGUUAAUGUAAUUAAAAAAUUGUCGAUUUUGCAUAAUAUCUUAUGUGAUUUUCCCCUUGGACUAUUGCGAUCUAUUUCCAUGUUUACGUUUGAGAGGUCCUCAUUGUUCUGUUGUUGGAGCAACCCAUUUGAGUCGAAGCAUUUGAAUCAAAACAUUUAUCAACUUACAUUGAAAACUCCCCUUGGAUCCUAGUUUGAAACCGAAAAUUCGAAACGCCGCUGAUGCAUGGGCGAAUUUAAUUUGCCAAGUCUCGUUAGAAAAAAGGGAUAUUUACAAGCAGUUAUAAACUAAACUAAAUCAGAAACUAAAACCAAUAUUAACCACAAAUUGUACCUUUCGAUUUUGAAUUUAAAUAACACUCUCGGUAAUUGCAAUACAAGAUAAAAACAAAAUCAAUGAGGCAAAGAGUACACGAAGCUACAAUAAAAACAAUUAAUGUUUAAAAGUACUACGUUAACAAAAACAAACACGUUUUACGUCAAGCAAAUAGAGCUAAUUUAAAAGAUUGUUAACCUCUCAUUUUUAACACAGAACAGAGAUCCUAAAAACAGAAACCAAACAGAUUACCAGUUUUAAUAAGCGCAUUCAAAAUGUAACGAAACGAAAUUGCAAUUGUAAGAAACGAAAAUAAUAAAUAAAACAAUUCAAGUAUG